AUGACCCAAACUCUUCUUAGCUACCUGUCGACACGCAACCCAACCAUCUUAGCUUUUGCCAAACCAGCAACGACCUUCACCUUUAAUUUAGAAUGGGAGCCAGUUGAGGAGAUGAGAGAAUGGACCGAUUUCAACUACGAUACCCUCCAACUGCGGUUCAGAAAUGAUUUGAACCGUCAUGUUUCUUCCUUUGAUACUAGCAAGAAUUGUGAAGAAGGAGGCUACAACAAAAUAUUUGACGAACGUGGCCUCUCCGAUCUCAUAUGCAUGUCAAUUACAGGUCCUGUAUCGUCAGUACUUCAUCCUUUCUUCAUUACGUCCGGCGCAAGAGUCAUGCAGAAGGAAGGAUGCCUCCCUGACUGGGGCGCUGGGAAGGAUGCACCUGAGAGUACCGAUCCGGAUGGAAGGGCUAAAGCUCUUGUUCUUGGCGAUACAAAAUUCAACUGGUCAUCAGUCAAUGCCAUUAAUGUUAUCCAGAAUAUGGAACACGAUUCAUAUGAAAAUGCACGAGCUGGCGAUAUGGUCAGACCCCUCGAACAAGUCCAACAUUAUGGCUCUGUUUAUGGAUGUCGGUAUGUGUAUAUUAUUAGCGAUCAGGAUCUCGUGGUAAUGCGACUCCAUUUGGCACCAGAACCAAUUCGAACAUCACCCAGACCGCAACGCACUCGCCCAUUAUUACCCUUACAUCAACGGGUAAUAUCUUCUUCCACAAUCUCGAGGCAAUUAACCGACAUGUCUAUUGACGAGACUUUCUUCAAACCUCGAAUUGGGUGGUUGGAAUACAAGAAAAUUCCUUGGAGCGCUACAAGCGGCCUUACGAUCAAAUUGGCAAUUUAUUUCCUUGUUCGUUUAGCCGCCGAGGAUGGGUAUGAUCUCAGAACCGAAUACCCCAGUUUGGCAUCUACAGUUGAGUCAUCUGUUACUCAUCGCGUCCCAUCAACCACCCUGUCACCGACUUCACAGUCGCGAAGCCCUAUACCAACAGCGAGCACUGUCGCUAGCACACCAUAA